GAGAAUAAAACCCUUGGAGGAGCAUUCAGUGCGCACAUCUAUUGCUGGCAGUCACCAUGAUGAGGACAAUCAAGCUCUUACUGCUCCUCUCCACCCUCAUGUUGGCAGUUGAUUCAAUGACAACAAGAAAAAAUGCCCUUCAUAAUUUUCUGAAGACUUCUGGACAUGCUUUGAUUAAAAAGUCCCUGCAGCAAAAGUCAAAAAGAAUGGACAACAUUGAACAAUGUGCAAAGCGAUGUAUGAAAUUCAAAGGAUUUGUUUGCAGGGCCUUUUAUUUUGGUAAAAGUGAGAAGCGGUGUUAUUGGUUGUCAUUUAACAGCAAAACAAAAGGGGUAAAAGGAAAACCGGACAAAGCAUUUGAUCUUUAUGAGAGAAAAGAUUACAUUAGAGAAUGUAUUAUUGGAAAAGGUAAAAACUACAGGGGUACAAAGUCAGUGACAGAAAGUGGUCAAACCUGUCAACACUGGAAUUCAACAAUCCCACAUGACCAUAGGUUUUUGCCUUCGAACAAUCGCAAUAAAAAUCUAAAAGAGAAUUACUGCAGGAAUCCAACAGAUGAUGAAGGAGGACCAUGGUGCUUCACAAUGCACCCAAGAAUUCGGCUCGAGAGCUGUGCUAUUCCACAAUGUUCAGAAGUUGAAUGCAUGACAUGUAAUGGAGAAACCUACCGGGGACCCAUGGACCACACAAAGUCUGGAAAGGAAUGUCAGCGCUGGGACCUUCAGAUGCCUCACAAACACAGAUUCAAUCCCGAACGGUAUCCAGAUAAGGGACUUGAUGAUAAUUAUUGCCGUAAUCCUGAUGGCCGCACUAAGCCUUGGUGUUACACACUUGACCCUCAUACCCCUUGGGAAUAUUGUGACAUUAAAGAAUGUGUUCAUAACUGUGACCAUGAUUUGGAGGUGACUACGGAAUGCUUCAAAGAUCUUGGGGAGAGUUAUAGAGGAACUAUGAACACCACACCUUCAGGAAUCCCUUGCCAACGCUGGGAUGUUCAGUAUCCUCACCAGCAUAAUUUCACCCCUGAGAACUAUAAGUGCAAGGACUUGGAUAAAAAUUACUGCAGGAAUCCUGAUGGAAGAGAAGCCCCCUGGUGCUUCACGACAGAUACAGAAAUUCGAGUAGCUUAUUGCUUUCAUAUCCCAAGGUGUGAGAAUAAAACUCCAAUUUCAGAAGAAUGUUACCAAGGGACUGGAACAACCUAUAGAGGAAGUGUAUCUAAAACCAGGACUGGCAUUCAUUGUGCGCCGUGGGUAAAUUUCAGCCAGGCUAUUGCAAGAAUCACCUUGGACUCCAAUACUGAAAGCCUGGCAGAGAACUACUGUCGCAAUCCAGAUGCAGACAAACAUGGUCCCUGGUGUUACACUAGUGAUCCCCUCACUCCAUGGGACUAUUGUGCGAUUGAACCUUGUGACAAAACAGCAUCAUCAGAAUUAGCCUCAGCAGGCACUCGACAAUGUUCCAGUAGAAUACAGACAAGAAUAGUGAAUGGAUUUCGAGCAACUGCCAAAAGCUCCAGCUGGAUGGUUAGCCUGCGACACAGGGAUAUCCAUUUCUGUGGAGGAUCAUUAAUUGAACAGAAUUGGGUUCUCACAGCCAAGCAUUGUUUUUCCACAUGUAAGCCAGAUUUAAGAGGAUAUGAAGCUGUGAUGGGAAUUCUUAAAGAUGAUAAAAGUGAGGAAGCUCAUAAGCAAAUAAGAGAGAUAUCACAGCUUGUCUGUGGCCCAGAUGGAUCCAAUCUAGUGAUGUUGAAAUUGUCCAGACCAGUAAAAUCGACCAGUUAUGUUCACUGGAUCAAACUGCCUCAGCCUGGAUGUGAAAUAAGUGAAGGCACCUUAUGUAACAUAUCUGGAUGGGGAGAAACCAAAGAUACAGGUUAUGAAGGUGAGCUAAAGGUGGCCCAGAUUCCGAUAAUUGGAAAUAAGAAGUGCAAUGAAUACCAUCAAGGAAAAAUCCAAAUUAAUGAAUCUGAAAUCUGUGCAGGAGAUGAAAAGGGAACUGUUGGUACAUGUGAGCGAGAUUAUGGCGGCCCCCUAGUCUGUGAAGAACAUAAACAAAGCUUAUUGCAAGGUGUCAUCAUUCCUGGUCGAGGUUGUGCAAAACCAAAGCGUCCUGGUAUUUUUGUGAGGGUGUCAUAUUAUGUCACAUGGAUACACAAAGUCUGUAAGACGUACAAAAAACCCAACCACAUUGGAUGAAUGUGUCAACCGAAAUUCUUAAUUGCCAAGCACAUAAUUUAUCAACUGAAGACUCAUGUUGCUGCAGAUAACUAUCAACUCUAUUGAUUCUUCCCUUUUUAAGAAUGAUUUAUCUGCUCAGUCUGUUCAUUGUUCAACUAUAUCUGGAUAUCUGAGUUUCGUAUGUAUUUUUGGAGGGUUCCUGAGGUAAUUUAAAAUGUACAACUGCAAUAAAGUAGAAGUAAGGAAACUUCCAGAAUGUCAGGUUAACAUCUGGCUCACACUUGAAAAGCUUCUCUUUCUGAAAUUUUAUUUUGAUGUUGGAAUAGCUGCUUGUCCUGCUCUGAAGACAGACAUUCAGCUCAUGAAACUUUUGUGCCUUUUGUUAUAACUUAGCUUGAACAAAUUCUCUUCCUGCACUUGAGAAGGUUGACUAGAACCUUCAGCAUUAAAUCAGGCAAGCAAAGAACUAGAUUCUAGAGUAACCUAUAGGGCAACUAGGUUUGGGCUCAUUUAGGAGCAUUAGCUGUCCAAAUGUAUGUUGUAUAUAAUUUAAUGUAAUUUUUCCAAGCAUUCCAAUUUUUGUAAUGUAAUGAAUUGGAUUUAUAUCAGAAUUUUACAACUUUGAAACUCUUUUUAAAGUAUACAUACUACACAUUUGUGUUUGUGUCCUCUAGAGGAUUUAAUGCAAGGACUAAAAUGGAUUUAAAACUCAUUCAUAUCUCUUUUUUUCAAAGUUUUUCUUUUCAAUUUCCUCUCUUGUAAAGACAAUUGAAUAACCUGUACUCAAUGUUUUAUUUCUUGAGUGACUGAAACUGCUGUCAAGGCAUAUGCAAAUGUUGUUUGCUGCAACAUUUUUUUGUAAACUGACAACAGAGAAUCCUUUCUAUGCACUUGUCCACUUAUUUUCUGUGACCUGUACACAGCCUUGCUUCUCCACUCAUCUGCUGGUCAGAUUUGGACUUGUUGUAAUAAAAACAACAAUGAAUUUUCAACAUCCCAAAUUCUGCAUUCCAGAAUUGAAAUAUCAAUGUUGUGCAGCAUUAGAGCGACAGCUUUUCUGUGUCCAUCUGCUGAGCACUGUUCCGUUGUUUAGCAUCUUUGCCAAUUCAGCCAAUCCUCUCUAAUCCUGCUACCUACUGACCCUUGAUCUAACUAUGAUGGUACUUGGAGAACACUGACUGGAGGACAAAUAGCAGUAGCUGCCCUUGCAGCAAGCCUGAUUAACAGCCUCAUGGAGCUGACUCCUGAAUAGCACAUCCAAUUAUUUCAUAACAUCUGCACUGACAAACUCUUUCACCAGUUUAACUCAACUUUAGGAAUACACAUUUAUGAAUAUUUUUCUUAUUUGGAUAAUUUGUUUUAGUGCCAUUCAGGGGUCUAAUUUUCCAUUUCUUUUUGCUAGGCUGUUUUGAAAAUGGCACUGAUUCAAGUAAUGAUAGACUUAUAGCUUUUACUCAUUAUUGCCUUUUUUGUGACUAGAGGGAUAAAAAAAAUUCUUCUGAAAUAGACAGGGAGGGCUAUAAACAUUGUUUUUUUUUCACAUCUUCCACCACACUCUCUACUUUGCUUAAAUGCUUUUGCAUGUUAAAAAGGAGGAAAAAAAACACUUAAUUAAUUUACUCGCCUGGAUUGCUCUUGCAAGAAAUAAUACAGAAAUCUAACUAGUGAGAUGAAUAACUUUGGAUCUUCUGAAUAUCUUCGUUGCCAAUUAGAUACAAGUCAUAGCAAGGUGCCGAUUUAAGUCUUGCAACCAGAAGUUCCCAGGUUAAACCCCUGCUGCUUGGCCUGUACCAGACAGCUGAUGUUUUAUAACUGGCUCAAAUGGCACUGGGUUAAGAGGAGCUGGUCAGAUUUUCCAAUAUGAUUCUGAAGGAGGGUCACUGAACCCAAAAUUUUAAUUCUGUUUUCUCUCCACUGAUGCUGCCAGACUUACUGAGUUUUUAAAGCAAUUUCUAGCUUUGUUUCUAAUAUUCUAAUUAUCCCACUUGGAAAACUAUUUUAAACUUAUUUUAAAAAAUGAUUUUUUGACUUGAUAUUUUCAUUAGUGCUGAACAGCAGUUUAAUUUUGAAUGAGCACCUGGGUAUUGUUACGAUGUUGGCAUAAAAGCUGAUAUAUAAUCCUUACAGUGUGGAAACAAGCCCAACAAAUCCACACCGAUCCUCUGAAGACUAACUCACCCAGACCCAUUCCCCUACCCCUAUUAUCCUCUAUUAACCCCUGACUAAUGCACCUAACCUACGCAUCCCUGAAUACUAUGGGUAAUUUGGCAUGGCCAAUUCACCGAACUCGCGCAUCUUUGGAUUUUGGGAGGAAACCGGAGCACCCAGAGGAAAUCCAAGCUAACCAUCGAGCCACCAUGCGACCACAAUAUAAAUUGUCACCUCUUUUUUUUGCAAUUUAUUUAUCUUUUUUGGUGAAUGUAGUGCAUGUUGGACUAGAUUUUGUGGGUAUACCUUCAAUCGAUGUUUUACAGAUGUCACAUUUCUUUAAUGAUUUGAAAACUGUUUAUAUUUUGAAAUUACUUUGGUACUUUUAGCACCCAGAAUUGUUGAAUUUAAGGCACAACUGUGUUUGCAGUUGUCCAAGAGCAAAUCAAAUUGUACCUGCUGCCAGGUAUGCAAUGGCACAAUUGCUAAGAUUUUUCUCCUGCUUACUAUAAUAGUGAUAACUGGUUGUGAUGACUUUAAAUUCAGACAAUGCCUAGAUAAACAUAUCUUUUAUAAAGUUCUCAAUUUGAAAUAUUAUCAAAAGAUAAAGCAAAGAACUGUGUUUCUUUUUUUUUGGAAAGUGUAUUGAAAGAGUUUGUAAUGUGAAAUAAAACAUUGUAUUUUGUGCUUCUCUUCCCCCUCCCUUCUUGCCAGCUUCCAAAGAAGAGAAAAUAACAUAUUUAGGGGUUAACAGUUCUGGUGAAGAAUAUAAUGGUAUAACUAUAAUACUGGUGCACCAGCUGGUUUGAAGUGGUUUCAUUUGAAAGUAGUUUUAAGGUCUGAUGUUUGUCUAGUUUUAAGGAUGCUUUCUGUAAUCCCAACAAAGUGUUCCUUUUGGGGAUUUUCCAUAGGAAGUACAUUUAUAAAAUGAGGGAAUAGUGUAAAUAGAAUAAACCUUUAGCGGUAAUCUCCUCACUCGUCAAAGUGGGCCUUCGCAUCUGAUUUGCAUUAUGGAAGUUUGCUGUUGAGAAAUGGAAAAUACUAAACUUGGAGUGUGAUUUGACUGGAUACAUUCGUGCAUCUCCCAGCAUGUUGUAAUGUUGCUGAAGGAUGGGAUUGCAAUAAAUAAAACUUGACCAUUUUACAACUACAUCUGGUUCAAACCAUGGCAUGAAAAUCCUGUUAAUGGUUAGUUCUACAAAUAUUUUAAUUUAAAAAGAGCUGUUUCUGUCUUUGAACUAAAAAAAAUGGAUUCUAGAUUAAGGUCACUUUGGAAAUAAAGUUGCUUGUGAUGUACUUUACAUUAUUUAUAAGCAGCUCUAAUGCACAAGCACACUUUGUGAGUGUUUUGAAACUGGUGUUGCACACUUUGUAUACAACUCUUGACUUGUUACAUAAUGUUUGUUGCGUACUUUACAAAUGUUUUAAAUACAAUUUAUCUUCUGUUGAGCAGGAGGAAUUUAACCAUUUAUUCAAGAGAUGGGUUGUUCUACAUCACUUCACAUGCUAUUUUGAGCUGAUUAGAAAAAAUAUUUUUAUGUACUUUUUUUUAUA